AUUUAUACACAAGGGCCGGGCAAACUCAUCGAUCGUGAGUUGAGAUCAACGAUAUUAGAGUCAUUGGGUUAAACGAUUAUUAUAAUGGAUCCAAAAGUUCCACUAAAUGAGACGUUGGAGGUUCGGAACAUUAUCAACAAAUUGCAGCUGAUCCCGCAUACAGAAGGGGGAUAUUUCAAAGAAACUUACAGAUCUGGUUCAGAGCCGAUGGCAUCACAUGGUCUAACUGACGUUAGUGGCGCUUUGAUGAAGCCUGGUGGACGCAGAUACUCCGUUCGUAAUGUCAGCACAUCUAUAAUGUACCUACUGACCAAGAAUUCCCCGAUAGAUUUCUUGCAUCGAGAUGAAUCCGACAUCGUGAGGUAUUAUCAUGGCGGUGGAACGAUUCUGGUUCACACAGUGUCACCCGAUGGAAAACUUCAUCAACAUAGGCUGGGGAUCAACCUUGAAGCGGGAGAAGUUCCACAGUUGGUGACGCCCAGUGGGUACUGGGAAGCUUUGGAGCUAGUUAAUGGCGACUGGGCUCUACAGGGGGAAUCAGUGGCCCCAGGCUUCGACUAUCGUGAUAUGGUUUUAGGGACCAAGGAAACAAUUUCACAUUUUUCAGAAGAUAUUAGAGACGUUUUACAAAGGUGUGUGCUUUUUGGAUGACUGGCUGUUAUCGUUACUAAACAAAAUUCUCGU